AUGCGAUUGACAGCGGCCGCUGCGCUCGCGGCGCUCGUGGUGUACGCGGUCGCGUUCCUCCACGGCAGGCUCGCCGCAGCGGCCUCCGCCUCCGCCUGCUCCGCGUGCACCGCCUCCAGCCCGGCCGACGCCCGGGCACUCGCCGAUGCCGCGGCGCUCGCACAGCUCGUGCCGCACACUGAGCAGCGCAUGGUGCAGUGCCUGCUGCGCAAGCGUGCGACCCGCGCAGCCGUGCGGUCCCGCCUCGGCGCGUGUGUCGACGAGGCCGAGCGCGGCGGACCCGGCUGGACCCCGUCCGACACGGCACCAGGCAUGGUGGGAGCGUCCGAGGCGCCGGCCGAGGGCAUGCGCCAUGCAGAGGGCACGGCCGCACGUGUCCGUAUGGCUGGCCGGACGCGGCUGGAUGAGCCCCCGCCGCUGCAGGCUCUGACCGCGGCGCCCAGGGCAGCCGCCGUCGCGGCCCCAGAGGCGGGCCCUGGCGUCGCGCUGCGAGCUGCCGUUGACGUCGCCCGCAGGAACGAGGAACUGCUGGCCCGCGUGGUCUCGUACGGCUUGUACGGCUCGAGCGAGCGCUACACGGUCGGCGUGAUCCGCAACGCCCAGCUCGCCCCCGACGUGUACCCGGGGUGGAGGGUGCGGGUCUACCACGACGACUCGGUGCCGCAGCCGGUGCUGGCGGCGCUGGCGGCGCUGCGCGUGGAGCUGGUGCGGAUGGGCCAGGGCUCGGGCAUGGGGGGCGGCAUCGGGGGCAUGUUCUGGCGCUUCCUCGUCGCCUCCGACCCGGCGGUGGACCGGCUGGCGGUGGAGGAGUGGGUCGGCAGCGGCAAGAGGGUCCACUCGCUGCGCGACCACCCCAACCACGACCGACCGCUCAACGGCGGCAUGUGGGGCGGCGUCAACGGGGCGGUGCCGGACAUGGAGGCGCUGGUGCGGGGCUGGUCCAACCGGGACAAGUACAUGGGCGAUCUAGACUUUCUCAACGAGAAAGUCUGGCCGGGCGUGCAGGCGUCGCAGCUCUCGCACGACGCGUACACGUGCGAAAAGUACGCGGGCUCGCGCCCCUUCCCGACGCGCCGGCCCGCAGAUUUCCAGCACGUUGGGCAGGUCUUCCUUGGGGACGGAAGGCCGCGCAGGGCCGACAUCGACAGCUUCAUGCUGCAGGCGGUGGCGCCGCUCGCGUGCCGCGGCGAGAAGUCGUGGACAAGCGGGUGA